AUGGCUGGCGCAGAAGACUUCCUGAAUUUCCCUGACAGCAUCUCUACCAGCAUCCUACCACAUCAGCCUUUACUUCGCCAGCUGCCCGCCACACGGCCCCGUCCAGACCGAGAAAAUUCGAAGAGUGCUCAAUUGCACGAAGCCGCCAUAAUGAUUUACAGCGCCAUCUUCCGCAACAACUUCACCAUGCUGACCGCCGUCUUCACGGCCGGCUUUGCUUUCGAGAUCGGUUUCAACCAGACCAUGAACAAGAUCUGGGACAACAACAACCGCGGCCGCCAAUGGAAGGACAUUCGCCACAAGUACGUUGAGGAGACCGAGGAUGACGAGUAA